AUGCGGCGAUUUGCACCUACAGUCGCUUCGGCGCUCAGCGGUCCCCCAACCGGCUGCCUAUUUGCGGUAACAGGGAAUGCUGUGAGAAGAUACCAAACUGAACCACUCAAGAAAGCAGCUCCUGCAGCACCGGAACUACAGAAAGCAGCUCCCGCAGCACCGGAACUACAGAAAGCAGCUCCCGCAGCACCGGAACUACAGAAAGCAGCUCCUGCAGCACCGGAACUACAGAAAGCAGCUCCCGCAGCACCGGAACUACAGAAAGCAGCUCCCGCAGCACCGGAACUACAGAAAGCAGCUCCCGCAGCACCGGAACUACAGAAAGCAGCUCCCGCAGCACCGGAACUACAGAAAGCAGCUCCCGCAGCACCGGAACUACAGAAAGCAGCUCCCGCAGCACCGGAACUACAGAAAGCAGCUCCCGCAGCACCGGAACUACAGAAAGCAGCUCCCGCAGCACCGGAACUACAGAAAGCAGCUCCCGCAGCACCGGAACUACAGAAAGCAGCUCCUGUGAAUUUUAUGACCUCUACAAGGAGAUCACGUGGUCGUUUUACGGGAGAUGAUCGUGCAUCUGGGUUGGAUGAGGAAAGGGGCCGUUUGCAGAGAAGUGGGGGUGCUAAGGAGGGCCGGAAUUCAAGGAGAGAGGUGGGUUACUCGAAGAAAGAAAAAAUACGUAGCCGGGGAGAUACAUAUAAAGGAAAUAGGGACAUGUCCCUUUCAAACGUUGUGGAGGAUAUACAAGACAUCAAAAUAGUUUUCGCGUCACAUAAUCCAUCACCGUCGAAACGGCAGGUGCCUUUCGCUCCGAAGGCGGCACCUAGAGCUCCGGACCCACCAAAAGCACCGUUGGCACCACCUGCGGCUCCUUCGAUGCCAAGCGACUUCGUAGCUUCAUCGAAGCCGGUGAGUGGUUCUCGGAAUGGCACACGAACCACUAUCGCACCACCGACCGCUAGUGGUGACCCCCAAGACACUGUUUGGGCGAAAAGUUCUGCCCUCUCUCUGGAUGAGGAGAUUGAGCGGGCGCGAGCAACGAGACCCCUUGUGCGUUCUCCGGUCAUUGUGGGUCGAGAAAUCGAAGGCCUCAGUUUAAACUUUGAACACUGCGAAAAAUCUGAGCCAAUUGUGGAACUUGCGGAUAAAGGCGGUCUUAAAGAGUUGUCCGAAAAGGAGGCGACAUUGAUUGACAACCAUAUGGUGCCUGACGACUUUAGUGGAGGGGCAUUUAUGCAAAAGCACACGGGGGUGACCCAUGACGUUGUCGGAGAAAAGGAGUUAUCAGAAUUGAGCAUCAACAACACUGUGACAGCCGCCAGCUUGGAAACCUCACUGUAUGGAAUGGAAGAGCAGCAACCCAAAGAAUCGGAUGGAAGGAGCAACUUGUCUUCAACUGUCUCGAGUUGUAUCACUGAGCACCCUCCGUUGGCUCCGUGGACUUGUGGAGCGUUUACUGCACAAAGUGGUUCAGCGCUGUUGAAGUUGUCCUUUGAUGAGUCAUCGCAGCAUAUUGUUACCAUCACCCUUUGGGAGCCACUGGUAAGUACCAUCUCGGCUGUAGGUGCGCUUAAUGAGGCUAUAACGGCCAUUGAAAAUCACUCCGUUACGAUGAGUGGGCCGGUCACCCAUGUAGUGCUCACCUCACUGCCUGGUAUUGCAUUCUUUCAGCCAAAGCAUAGUCCAUUGGAGCUUUCGUGCUCCGAGCGUAUUGAGUUAAUACGGGAGAAGGAACGGCUAUUUCUGCGCAUGGCCAAGACGCCUCCUCUUAAUUUCGUGGCGAUCGUAAACGGAGGUUCUCUUGAUGAUUUUGCGGCGGAGUUGUUCCUUGCUUGUCAUUACCGCGUGUUCCUUGACGCAACCCACACUACUUUUGGAUUUCCGUCGUGCAUGCUGGGUGAUUUCCCUACUUCGCAUGCUGUGCGGCAGCUGUGCCGCUACUUCGGUGCGCAGCGCACUCUUGCUGCAUCACAGCAACAGUACAGAUUCACUGCUGCGACAUUGCUGGAUGCUGGUGUUGCCCGCCACGCACGCGAUACUCGUGAGGGGCUCACGGCCCUUCGCCUCAGUUACGUCGACCACAGCAAAGCGUCACCACCUACCUCUUUGCUGUUACGUCUGGAAAACGCCUUGCUCGCCCUUUUAAACCGACCUGCGCUGCGGGAUUUUGUUCUACGCAGAUUUUUCCUUACUCGUUCCACAGGGGGAAGCAGCGUCGAGGUGUACUCAAAUCCCAUUACACAGGCUUGGCGUCGGUAUUGUCUGGCUGCAAUGGCGAGCGGGGGAUGUACUCACAACGUUGGAGAGAGUGGGAACGCGUCCGCAGCAGUGGAAACAGGGACACUGCGUAGCGAGGGUAUUUAUAGUGAAUUUCUUUUUUCCCCCUCUGCACUUAACGCAGCUCGCAUUUAUGGGCAUGGGUGUGAGAUUCAACGUAGGGUGCUUUCGUCCCCACCGGAUGGAGGGUAUUUGAGGUUUAAGGCCGAUGAAGCGGAGCUGUGGCCGAGGAAAGUAAGGGCGUUGUCUGCCGAGAGCUGCAACCAAGUAACUGUCUUGCUUGAUUGCGGGAAAUCGAACAUUGAAGCGAUAAAGAGCUUGGUGAAGGACCAAUCCGGUGUUCUAACAAAGGCAAACGUGGUAUUAAUUGGCGAUGAAUAUGUUGCGCGCCCGCUCAUACCUGAAUUUAACUGCGUUGCAACUAUAUCACCCGUUUCAGCGUAUGCGGUAUCUCCCCUUCGAGAUCUACAGGAGGUUCGUCUCUUUGGUCGGGAAGGGUGCCCUGAACACCUGCGGGCAAGUACACUUUCCGCAGCACUGGCUUACUUGCAGCAAGAAUAUCGGCCAUAUGUUGUUUGCCGGCAUUCCUGUAGCGGCCGCCUCAUCGCGGCUUUCGUGACAGAGGCGUGUCGGAUUGCGAUGCAUUGCGACAUCGAGAAAGUUGAACGUGUCUCUACAGGUGUGCUCCGGCUUCUGGGUGGACCAUUCCGACUCGCUGAUCAUUUGGGUACCUCUACCGUUUCGCGUUUGAUUGAGGAAACGAGUCACAUGAACGACCACCGCAAUCCGCUGAUACACGAUUGGCUCCCUUCUAUCGGAUACCAGGUGCUUCGUAGUAUGAGCAAUGACGGAUUCGGUGGUAUUCGAACAAGACGUGGUGGUUUCUACACAUAUGGAGCGGAUGGUUCUUCAGUUGCACUAAAUACGGUGGUUCAAAAGCAAUACUUACGUCGUCAUCUUACAGAUACAGAGCUGUCUGACCGUUUGCUCUCUGUUGUUGUGAAUGAAUGCUGCGAGUUACUGCUGUCAGGGCAUCUGCUUACUGCGGCAGAUGCAAACGCGCUGACUAUAGCGACAUUGGGGUUCAGUGAAACCACUGGCGGAGCGCUAACACUGGCUGACGCCAUGGGUGCUGGUUUGAUGUUGCAAAAAAUGGAAGAGUUGGCGGUGUGGCACGGGGCGCACUUGCAGCCGUCGCCACUACUUAAGUGCAUGGCGCAUUCUAGAGUGUCGUUCGCCAACCUCUCAGAGGCGGUUAUUCAGUCCGCACGCAUGUGA